CCUCUCUCUCUCUCCCCCCACUCGCUAGAACCCUCCCCACUCUUCUCCUCAGCGCCAAGUCCAAAAGCAGAAGAAAAAUCGCCUCUGCUUCCUCGGUUUCUCCGCUGCCGUGAGGAAGAAAUCGAACUCUUCAAUCUUCACCAUCUUCUUCUCGCUUUCACGGGGAGAUUUCGUUUCUUUUUUACUUUUAGCAAAAUUCUCAGGGUGUUUUUUUUCAGGAUCGAGUUUCGAAGAUGUUAGAUUGGAACGAUAAAGAACAGGUAGAGGGCCCAGAAUUGGGUGAUUUUUUUGGCAAUGAAGAUCGUACCGUGCCACGUGACAUGGAAACUGAAGGGAUGAUUUUUACUUUUGGAGAUCAGGGGGAGAAACAGAUGAAGGAAAGCAUUGCCAGUGACAGGAGGUCUAAAGACCAAAUCUGUGGAACUAAAAGUAAUUUAAGGAGUUGUCAUUUGGAGAAUAUCUCUUGUUAUAGUACAGAUGGGAAACCGACUGCUUCGGAACUUGACUUUGAUGCAUUGCCUGCUUUGCCUACCGUAAGUUCUGCAUGCAGUGAAGGGUACAAUGGUGGACAAGAGCACGAUUCUGGGGCAACAGAAGUGAUGGAAGAUCUUAUUGAUAAUUCUAAACUGAAUUCACCGAGUGAUUGCAUGAUGGAGUGUCAUCAUUCUGGUGUUAUGCUCCAUGACAAGGACUCAAUAUCUGCAGAUAAGUCAUGUAGUUUCUCAACCAGUAGGACAGUGCAGCUAGAUGGUGAACCUGAAUUAUUUGGUAGAGUGUAUGAAGAUGAAGAGAUUGAUGGCCUUCUUGACUUUGAUCGGGAUACUUUUGAAGACAUUGAUUUUGAUACAGUUUUCAGAAAUAAUGACUCUGCUGACUCCGUUUUUGGAGAUGAAAUAGUUGGUAUUUCAGAUGGAUUUCUCUCUCCAUUUACACAUCUAUCGGGUAGCACCACACAGUUUAUUCCAAAGCCAGAUAUUUCGUUUUGCAAAGAUGAGACUCCUGAUCAAGGUUGUUGCUCCAUUCAGUUAGAUGAACAUCCAAAUAGAGAAAGAAAUGCUUUACAGAAAGAGAAGGCGGAUGAGCAAGAAAAAACACUGAUUUCUUGGGAACAGGCAGAGGCAAAGAGCAAGAAUAAAGAAUCAUGCAACUUAAAAGGUUCCUGGUCCCAUAAAACUCGCCAAAACCAACAAAAUUCAAGACAGAAAAGGGUUUUUUCAGAUACAGUACCAGAUGUUCUAUCUAGACAAUGUAAUGCAACACUCCAGGAAAAUAUUGAAAAUCAAAAGCAGCAGCAGCAGCAAACACAGGCUAUGAUUGCAAUUCAGCAGCAGCAACAAAAAUAUGGCCUUCAGAUCACUAGUGCUGGCAAUUCAGUCUCCCGAUCAUGCUCACAAAAGAGUCUGAGUCAGGAGGCUGCCACAAGCUCUUUUGGAACUGAAGAAAGUUCAGAGCUCCCAUCAUUGGAGCAGAACAUGCUUGUAGAGCAAGAUGAAUCUCAGAUGAUCUCGAUGCUGAGUGAUGAACACUCUUUGGAGGAAACCAUAUAUUACCAUCUCCAGGAUACUUUAAGAAAGUUGGACACUGGGCUGAGGCUUUGUAUCAGAGAUAGUGUGUUUCGUUUAGCUAGAAGUGCUACAGAAAGACAAAGCAUUAGUGACAGCUCAAGUACCAACAAGAGUAACAAAGAUGAAGAAGUGGUUGCUGCAAAUGGACAAAUGAAUAAUAAUGGGAGGGCUGCGAGUUCACCGACUUCAGAGACAGAUACAAAUUUCAUUGAUCGGAUCGUGGCUCAGUUGCUCUUUCACAGGUCUUCAUACUCAUGUCUAUGAUCCAUAGAAGAUGAGCAACGUCAAGCAUGGUAUGCCAUACUGUACCAAACCGGAUGGUAUAGGACGUACCAUACCAUACCGGACACAAUAAUAGUGUGACACCGGUACAGGGCUCGGUACUGAGACGAUGUAGCUUGACCUCAACCAUCCAUUUUGGGCAACUUUUGUAUUGUCCUUUUUUUUCUUGUAAAAGUACCGUGCUUUGAUUCGUUCGAUGAUGCAUUACACUUAUUUGCAUAUUUGGUGAUUCAUAAUGCAUUGUGGAAGCGCAAUUAAGGGACAGCUCGGGAACUUUGUGUCAAAGGAGGCCCAACCUUUGCUUUGGAGUAAGAUGUAUUAUUCCACCACUUACUUUCAUAUCUUUCUCCUGCUUGAUGAGAUUGUUUGCUGUUAAUUAGUUGUUUUUCACCCAGACUGAGCGGAUUGGAUCCCAGUGAGCACUCCAGUGUUCCAGUGCGGUAAUCUCCUGCAAAACAAGAAAAUGUGUCACCUGAAGUGUUGCAUUUCUAUACAUAAAUUAUGCAGCCUGUGGAUCUUGUGGGAUCUUUUUUUGCAACUGUAACACAGUUUAUUUUUUCUUUGGUUGCACAGUUAAGGUAGAGAAUGUUGUUAAAUAAUUCAACAUGAGUUUCUUUUUCCUUUCUUUUUCUUUGUUUUUCUAGGUUAAAGAGGAAGUCCAACCAAAAUCUAGGUGAGGGAGAGAUCAUACCCAGGUCACUAGUAUCCAGUGACUUUAUCAACUCAACCAGUUGGCACCUUUAUACAUGUAUCGAAUCUCAUGUGGGUGCUUACCAUAUACUUUGUAUGUCUAAUUAAAUCAUGAGGGCAAAAGCAAUAUAUUUUUAAAAGAA